UUCUCUUCCUACAAUCUAGUGCAAUAUGAAGUGACGUCGUUUGGAACUUGCUAUAACAUUUCAGCAGUACAACUUUACAAGAACGCGGCUGCUCCGCCAGCUCUCCCGAACUCAGACAUGGCCUUAAACCUCCAUUCUCAAUUCUUCAUAUCUUUUUCUUCCUUUUCUUCGCUUUCUUCUCCCAAUUUCCAGACCCCACAACUUCUCAUAAUUCCUAAACGAUCCCAGAGGAACCUCAGAGAAGUAUUUUGCAUAGCCUCCGCCUCCACUCCUCAUUCCUCCCCAAUUUUCCUUCCUUUUCUCCAAACCCCAGCAAGAAAACAAACCCAAGAACCCCAACAGAAGAAUGAGGUAGAUAAUAUCGACGACCCGAUUUUGAAAUUCUUUAAGACCCGGACUUCAGACCCGGACCCGAGUCAAGAAGGCAGGAUUUCCCUCCGAAAGAACCGAAGAACCGCAUGGCACCUAGCAUCCAGUUUUGAAAACCCAGAUUCUGAAUCUGAAUCGGAAACCGAAACCGAGAAUUACCAUAUGCCCGUCUCCCGGAAUGAGGAAACUUCAUCCGAAGUGGGCGGAGUUGUGGGGGAAAUAUUGGGGAUUGCGAGGGCGCUACAGGAAAACGUUACGAUAGGGGAGGCAUUGGAGGGUCAUGAUUUUGGAGGGAGAUUAGGGGAGGAGGAGUGCGUCGAGGUGUUGAGAGUGUUGGGGGAGGAGGGUGAUGUGAUGGGGUGUUUGUACUUUUUUGAGUGGAUGGGAUUGAGAGAGCCUUGUUUGGUUUCGCCAAAGGCGUGCUCGGUUUUCUUCCCGGUGUUGGGGACGGCAGGGAAGGGGGAGGAGUUGUUGGUGGUGUUCAAGAAUUUGCCUUUUGAGCAAAAUAAACUUUUUAGAGAUGUUCGUGUCUACAAUUCUGCGAUUACCGGACUUUUGUUAUGUGGGAGGUAUGAUGAUGCGUGGAAAGUGUAUGAGUUGAUGGAAACAAGUAAUAUCCAACCUGAUCAUGUAACAAGUUCUAUAAUGAUUACAAUCAUGAGGAUGAGGGGAGAUAGUGCUAAAGAUGCGUGGGAGUUCUUUGAAAAGAUGAACAAGAAAGGUGUCAAGUGGAGUUUAGAAGCUGUUGGUGCCCUUAUCAAAUCAUUCUGCGACGAGGGGUUGAAGAAAGAAGCUCUUAUUAUCCAAUCAGAGCUUGAGAAGAGGGGGAUAUCUUCUAAUGCCGUUAUUUAUAACACUAUUAUGGAUGCUUAUAGUAAGUCAAACCAGGUUGAAGAGGCAGAAGGCCUCUUUGCCGAGAUGAAGGCAAAAGGGAUAGCGCCAACUGCUGCUACUUAUAACACAUUGAUGGACGCCUAUAGCAGAAGAAUGCAACCCGAAAUUGUCGAGAAACUACUUGAAGAGAUGGAAGCUGCUGGAUCAGAGCCGAAUGUAAGAUCGUACACGUGUCUGAUCAGUGCUUAUGGGAGGCAGAAGAAAAUGAGUGACAUGGCUGCAGAUGCGUUUUUGCGGAUGAAAAAGGUUGGUAUAAAACCCUCGUCACAUUCAUAUACGGCUCUUAUCCAUGCAUAUUCGUUAGAUGGCUGGCAUGAGAAAGCUUGUAUCACUUUUGAGAAUAUGUUACGUGAGGGAAUAAAACCAUCCAUUGAAACAUAUACUGCCCUACUCGAUGCAUUUAGACGUGCUGGUGACACUGAAACGCUGAUGAAAAUUUGGAAGAAGAUGAUGAGGGAUAAAGUAAAAGGGACACAUGUUACUUUCAACAUCCUUCUUGAUGGAUUUGCUAAACAAGGUCAGUACAUCGAAGCAAGAGAUGUAAUAUGCGAGUUUGGAAAACUCGGGUUUCCUCCAACUGUGCUGACGUAUAACAUGCUGAUGAAUGCUUACGCAAGGGGCGGCCAAGAAUCCAAGUUGCCACAGCUGUUGAAAGAGAUGGCCGCACUCAAUCUAAAACCCGAUUCUGUUACUUAUUCCACGAUGAUUUAUGCCUAUCUUCGCGUCCGUGAUUUCAAGAGGGCUUUCUUUUAUCACAAACAGAUGGUGAAAAGUGGCCAAGUUCCUGAUGCGAAAUCAUACGAGAAGAUGAGGGCGAUUUUAGAUGUGAAGGCCAAAACAAAGAACAGGAAGGACAAGAGUGCUCUGAUGGGCAUCAUAGAGAGCAGCAUGGGAUUGUUGAAACAGAAGAAGAAAGGAAAGAAAGAUGAAUUUUGGAAAAAUAGAAAGAAGCGAUCACGAAUUCCUGGUUCUGCUCGUCAAUCAUAAGAUCAUGAAAGACUAUGGAAGUCUUUAUGAGUUCCUCUUUUACCAGAAAUACAUCUUAAAAUCCUAAUCAUAGUAUUUUUUAGCAGGCUUUGAAGGCAUCUAACAUGUGUAUUUACACGGCAUCAUGUCUGAAUUUUAUGUAUAGGUGGAAUUUAGUUUGGAGUAUAGAAGUUGUGUUUUAUUC